AUGGAUGAUCCGCUGAUGUGGGGGUUUCUCCCUCUAAAAUACUUCUGGGGACUUGCGUCGACAAGCAAGCGAUGGGGAUUCGGUAGCCACGAUAUCUGCUAUCAAACACGACCGCUGUCUCUAUUCUUCUCGAUGGGCCAAGUCAUGCCCACUCACAGGCUCGCCCACUCGCCGUAUGGAGGAAUUGCUCAGCCUGCCGUGACACAAGCGAUCCGACUCCUGUCGAAAGGACCCUUCCCCGCCGAACCUCAUCUUGCAUCCCCGGAGCGUCAGAAAUGGAGCUUGCAGAACGUUUGUGUAGAUCCAUUCUCUGAUCUCCCUACGGCCUACACCACGGACGGCGAAGAUUCCCACCUAGCGCCUUCCGCUUACUCCUGCAACUCCUUCGCUUGGGUUCAUAUUUUCCCGGAAGGAAAAAUCCACCAAGCCCCAAACAAAACUAUGCGAUACUUCAAGUGGGGUAUUGCGCGACUCAUCCUCGAAGCCAGCGAAUGCCCCGACGUGGUUCCAAUCUGGUUGGAAGGGUUCGAUCAGGUCAUGCACGAGAGUCGUGAGUUUCCACGGUUCCUUCCGCGGCCCGGAAAGGACGUGAGUAUUACUUUCGGCCAAAAGGUGGAUACAGAGGCUGUUUUCGGGGAGAUGAGAUCGAAAUGGCAAAAGCUCAAGGCGAAGGUUGAAUUGGCUUCUCCUGAGAUCCGUGACCUCCCGCUCGGCGCUUUGAAUGAUGAGCUUCUAUAUGGGGCUGAGGCGGUCGAGCUAAGAAAAGAAGUUACCAAGAAAGUUAGAGACCUCGUGCUGGAAGUACGACGUUCCAGAGGCCUGUCUGAUGAAGAUCCCAAAGCUGGUCUUGUGGAAACCUGGAUUCAAGAAGGCCCCAAGCGUGAGGGAAAGAUGGACGAUGAAUCCUGGGUUCGGGAUCACUAUAAAAACACCUUCGCAAAACCAGUCAGCACCGCUCAUCAUAGCUUAGCCACAUGCGGGCCCCAUAAUAGCCGCUCAUCCGCCGCCUCAAAUGGAGAGCAACGUUCAGUCAACGAUCUAAUCGACCACCUCCGGCGAACCCAGGUAGCAUCUUCGUCAGGCGAUACUCCUGGCCCGUCUCGACAUGUCGCGCCUCGAUCAGUGCAUCCUUCCCUACGAAAUCUCCUUGAACUUCCCGAAACACCUCCACCUCGACCCCGUCCGGAUACCCGCCGUGCUGGGAUAAUCGGGCGACGGCUGAGGAGAACAGCUGGGCCACCGCCGCCUGCAAGUUGGCUUGCAGGAAAUAAUGCUUCGGGCGAUGCUUCGGAUGAUGGUGUCGAUGCUACCAGCACAGCGACUGUUAUUUAUCGACUUGGCCGUCUGCCGGGGAGGGAUUUUCCACCCCAGGGGAGCUUCCUGGAUACUUUAUUGAAGUCUAUGGCUCUCCAUUGGCCAUGGCAUGUCGCAUAUGACGGGCAAUUUCUGGGCUUGUUGCCGACCCACGUAAAGAUAUUGCUUCUCAGUUAUAUCAGUUAUUAUGCACGAGAUCUGCCACUGAGAGGGCUGAUGCACGGCCUCAGACCCGUGUUCGAGACUCCGCAGGAUCCUGACCACGACGGAGCGGAUCAGCUCAGUAGCGAUGCGGAGGUUACGCACCUUGAUCUUGGGGGCGCAAUAGGGCGAUGGAUGUCGUUGAAGCAGCUCUCCACUGAGCUUUUCGUUUCCAAAAACCCGAACAUAGUCCAAAAUUCCAAAAAUAAACCCGUCCCUUCUUCUUGGGAGGACGAAUACAAUGACGGAGCCGAAGCCUCUCCUACCGGACGUGGCUUCCCCACAUCACUCCAGGGACUACGCUUCGAGAACCUACAGUUCCUCUCACUAGCGCACCCGAACCCAGUAUCUGUGAACUGGAACUCGCUCAUCAACCUGCUCUCGCGUCUAUCAACCAUCACUCACCUUUCACUGGCACACUGGCCCGUUCCAACCGUCACCCCGAAUGCAGUCAACACUCGCAUCCGCCAUCCCACACACAGGUCCCUGACGUUCUCCUACGGCGGUACAGACCCAUACUCCGCCAUAGAGAACAACUGGGCCGAGGCGGCCGGUAUCCUCCGCAAGCUGUCGCGUGUAACGUAUUGUCUGAAAUGGCUAGACCUAGAGGGCUGUGGCGACUGGAUCCCAGCAAUAAACUGGGACGGUAUCGGGCCAGAUGGAGAAGCGUACACCACAGGCCCUGAGUGGACCGGAUCGUGGAGAGAUAUCGAAUGGAUCCGUCUUGGUCCUGGCUGGCUUCCGCUUAUCGAAACCGAUGAAUUCCCGACUCAAGAAUCAACCGAGACUUCUCCAACCAGCCUGCCAGUGCCCGUCCCAGCUCCCCAGUCCCUAGCGCAUUCUAUCUAUGCGCCCCCCGGCGCACGGGCCGCCGCCGCCGCCGCCGCCGCUGCACUCUCUACGAACGCAAUUGAGCAAAAUUGGGAUGUAGAGGUGGAAAGAAGAAAAUACCGCCUAGCAAAGGAAGUAGAACAUUUCCGGGAGACGGUUCGCGCCGCAAAGGCAGUUCAGCAACGUGUGUUACAAGCUCGGAGGGAAGGGCGAGGGAAAUGGGUCCAAUUCUCAUUUGGGCUUGAGGAUCUAGAUGAAGAUUUACUUCAAAAGUUACUGGGUGCGGAUUUGUAUCGAGAGUUUUUGUGA